CUUUUCUCGUCCUAUUUCUUCGCUUUCUUUUCUUCUUCGCCUUGCUCUUUGAACACCACCUUCUCACAUUCCUUCAUAGUAUAUAUUUUUGUCCUUUCACGAAAAAAAACACAUCCAUAUUCAUACACGUAUUCCAUACCAAUUAUGCGCCUGCUCAAUCCUUCCUUGGCGUUGCUCCUGCUAAUACUACCCUUGGAUGACCUCUGGAUUGAACCAGUCCAGGCAUCGUUCUUUUCCUCUGUCUCCAAGUCAGACAACUCCAUCACCUGUGGCACGUCUCACUCUCCAUGCCCUGUUACUGCUCCUUGUUGUAACAAUGGAGUCUGUCAAAAGACAUCGUAUGAAGCCUGUUCCAUCGCACUGGGCUGUGAACCUGAGUUUUCACAUCCACAAAAGGACACCUCAUCACACUCUUCUAAAAAAUCUUCUGGAGAUGACUAUCAGCCCCAGAAUCCACAGAGCUGCUUCCCUUUACCGGUUUGUCGACCCUUGACUGAGAAAUUUAAGAGUAACCAGCCUGACAAGAAAGGCCUGCAUCUACCCUUGAUCCCUAAACAAAACUUUUCAGGGAAUCCAGAUCAAGCCCAUUGGACCUCAGAUUUCGAUUAUAUUGCGCCUUACGCACAAGUAGAUCCCAAACAAAAGAAGCUGCUCUUGACCGCUAGGAGAGACGCAGUCAAGACCCAAAGUGGAGGUGGAUUUGGGGCGACAGUGUCAUCGACGCGUUGGAACAGGUAUGGAACUUUUGCUGCCAAAUUCAAGUCCGGCGCGACGGGUCCAGGUAUUGUUACUGCCAUGAUGCUUUCGAACCCUAUUCUUGGAGAAGAAAUCACUAUCGAGGUCACGGGUCGUGAUCCCAAGACUGUUAUUACGGAUUUUUAUCGCCAUUCUGCUCAAAGGAGUCAUCCAUCGUCUUCAUCAUCCUCAUGGUUGCCUUCGUUCAAGUCUGUGACCCCUUCACUCGAUGGUCUCCGAAUCCGGACACGAAGAUUCAAGGAUAUGAUCUUACCUGGUGGUGGCACGAAGACCCGAAAGAAUAAGGCACUCACUACAGAUGUAGUGGUCGUUCAGCAUAGUGAUGCUGAAGAUGAUGAUAUUUCGAAAAGUCUGCCACAGAGAACGAGCUUGUUUACAAGAUUGAGUGGACUCCAGAGCGUAUCCGAUGGUCCGUCGAUGGACAUGUUCUUCGAACCCUCACAGCCAAAGAUUUGAAGGCUGAACGCGGCUAUGGUUUGCCGUCUCAUCCAAUGCUCCUCCAGUUCACGAU